AUGUCAGAGCUUCUCAGCUUUUGUACGGUAUGCGCGUCCAAUCAAAACCGUUCCAUGGAGGCACACAAAUUGUUGAAAGACGCCGGAUACAAGGUUCGUUCGUAUGGGACAGGGUCAGCCGUUAGGUUGCCUGGUCCAUCUAUCGACAAGCCCAAUGUGUUCCAAUUUGGAACCCCUUACAGCACAAUGAGAGAACAAUUGAUGAAACAAGACGUUCGUCUACAUCAGGCAAACGGAGUUUUGAAAAUGAUCGAUAGAAAUGAAAAAAUAAAAGAGGCUCCUCAACGAUGGCCCUAUAUCGGUCAAGAACCACAAACAACAGAAGGUCUAGACUUUGAUAUUGUGUUUACAUGCGAAGAGCGGUGUUUUGAUGCUGUAGUAGAGGAUUUCAUGAACAGAUCUUACAACGACACUAGCUCCCAAAUUAACAGAAAGUUGAUUCACGUAAUUAACGUUGAAAUUAGAGAUGAUUACGAUAAUGCAUUGAUUGGAGGUCAAGGUAUCCUGGACUUGGCCCAGCAGUUGGAAAAGAAGAUGGAAGAAGCUAACGAAUUCAACCAGAAGCCUGACCAGAAGGACAGCACAAGUAUACAGAAAAAUUACGAUUUGUUUGAGGACAGUAUUCCGGAUAUCCUGGCAGCUUGGCAAAAAGAUCAUCCAAAUCUCCCCUUACUGUACAGUGUAUGCUACAAUUAA